UUCGUGCUACCCCUCUGUGUUUAGAGCAGUGAAACACCUGGUCACACCUGCCAGGUAACUUCUGUCUUCGCCUCAGAAACAAACAGAAACUCAGCUUCUCCCCCCCCCCACUCCGAUGUCCGGAGCGUUCCACUCGCUGAAACGCACAGGGAAAUCAACAAAUAUGACUCUCAGCAGCUGGGAGACGUCCUGCUAACAGUCCAGACGGAGAUCCACUGAAAAACAGGAUUUAAAAAGUUUAACGAGAUGUCCGGCCUCGGUGGUUUGAUCUCAGAGUCGAUAGCGGACGGGGCAUUUCCCCCUCAUGGUUCAACUGUGGAGCCCCAAGUUGAUGGAGGUGUAAAUCCACCAUACGAGGAUAGGAAGAAGAAGACAAAUGAAGAGGAGGAAGAAGAAGAUGAGGUGUUAAAGAAGGGGGAAGAUCAUGGAGACGAGGAAGAGGAGGAGGCGAUCAGCUCUGCUCUUCUGGAGCCGAGCACUCUGCCGUGGCCCGGGGACAAAGACAGGAGGCCUCAGACGGACAACAGCGAUGGAGCCUGGUCAGAGAGAGGAGGGUCAAAGCCUGAGGAGAGGGACACUGGGUUCAGCGCAGGAAGUCAGGACAUGUCGGAGAAGCAGAGCGAGGCCGAGGGCGGCAGGAAGGCCAAAGCCAAGUGGAGGGAGAGCAUGCCCGAGGGGGACAGGUGGAGGGACGACGAGGUGGAGCCGCGGCGGGACGGGGACGGCUCCCAGGCUGACGAUGAGUAUGAUGAUGAGGAGGAGGAGGAGGGAGGAGGAGGAGGAGGAGGAGGAGGAGGAGAGUCACACUGGAUGUCAGAGAAAGCUGCUCUGGGCUUCACUCCACAAGUCACCAUCGUGCAUCCGUCCGGCAGAAGUCCUCCAGAGGAGAGUCGGCUCUUCAUAGAGAAGGAGGGCGAGCCGCAGGUGGAGCCUGACGGGGGCGCACAGCUCCACCCGGAGUGGGAGGAGCAGGACGACCAGGACUUUCCGUGUGAGCGGGGGUGCAGCGUCAAGCUGCUGCUGGUUCUGUCGACGGUGGCCGCGGCGCUCCUCUUCCCUCUCCUGGUGUGGGGGGGCUUCGAACUCCUCCCCUUCGAGCCGCCGCUGCUGCGGAGCGCCCCCCUCAGGGUGGUGUACACACUGCGCUGCUCCUUCUUCGCCAUGAUCCCCAUCCUGCUCGGCGUGCUGGUGCAGGGCGUCGCCCGCCUGCGUCACAGUGAGAUGAAGCCGCUCUUCCAGAGCAAACUGCUGAACAGGGAGGUCGCCGUGCACUGGCACUUCGUCAACGAGUCACUGGCCCUCUUCCUCUUCUACUUCCUGCAACUGGCCGUCAUGGCGAGCUACAUCAGCCAGGAUCUGCUCAAACUGGUGCCGCUGCUCACCAUCAUGUUUGUUUUUGGCAGGUACGUACGUUUACCAAAUCUGAGGGGAAGGAGGGGGUUGAUGUUUUCUGGUGAACGUGAAACACUCAUGUGCUUCUUCUCCUUCUUUCCCAGACUCAUCUACUGGAUCUGCCUCUCUCUGGGCAGCAGCUUCCGGGGCCUCGGCUUCGGCUUCUCCUUCUUCCCCAUCCUGGUCAUGCUGGGCGUCAACCUCUACUACAUCUGCUCGUCAGUCGGGCCGGAGUCGGUGUUUGACGUGGAGCCGCCCACCACAGCUCCUCCUCCCAGUCUGCGCUGGUGGGGCUGAAAGACGACAUCCCAGAGGAGACGAGGACGAACGGCUGCAAACACUUUGACAGAACCAAAUAACCCUGCUUGUUCUUAGAGCAUCUUUCCAAAGUUAUAAUCCUUUAAGAUUGUGGUUGCUGAAAACACGGGGCAGAAACUCAACAGAGGAAGAACCAAUACUAGUAGUUUACAGAGCAGCUAAACAAACAUGCUUUAAUAAAGUCAGUGAAUAUUAACCAUUAAGGAUUAUAACUUUUAUUAUUUGAAUACAUUGUGGACAUAGAAUUACUCCAGGAUCUGAAUCAGGUUGGGAGUUAAAGUGAAGCUCAGGUUGUCCAGUAUGAAUAUGAAAAUGCAGAAACGCAAUAAUAUUCACGCCGACAAAAAUUAUUCCGUUUAUUUGACUUAAACAUCUAGAGAUUUGUGAAGGAGCCUCUUCCUCCUCCUCUUCUUCACAAUGUUAUUAUUUUGUACCAUUUAUCUUGUGUCACAAACCUUUACACUGUCAGUAACGUCUCCUCGUGUUGAGCCGCUGAUGAUCCAGUUCUGAGGCUGAAUCGUCUCAGUGGGAUAAACCCAGAGUUUGGAAGUGAUGCAGAAAGACAGCAAAAAUAAACACGUUUAAAAACUUAAAAUGAUCUGGAUAUGAAAAGUAAAUAUUUCAGGGAUUUGAUUUUUUUAUGAGGUUGAAUUAUUUGCAUUAAGUUGUUUUAUGAAUCCUGUUUUUUCUAUUUUGUUGUCGCAGAACUGGGACUCGCGACAUCUUUAUACUUUCUAUUUAUAACGAAACAUGUCUUUGUCUUAUUGAUCAGAUGCUUUAGUGACAUAAGUUGCUGAGUUGUUUUUUCGUUAGUCACGCUUCUUUCUGUUGAAGGAUUUUUCUCAUUGUAAGAAUAAAUGUGUAUUUAAAGUGAAUAUCAACUAUAAGUACCUUGAAUGAGUAAAAUAAAGCUUUGUUUCCAAAUCUGAAGAUCAAUAUUUGACGAUUCAGAUCCUAA